GCCAAGAAUUGAAGUUUUGUAAAACCGAAAACGCACUUGUAGCACCUUGUAGUAUAAAAGAUGUGUAUGAUAUUCGCACGAUAGCACGUGUAAGAAAUUAAGAAGAGAGAAUAAUAAACAUUUAAUAGUCGUUUAAUUUAUAUAUAAGUGUUUAUAACAUCUAACAUUGCAAAGAUGCAGAAAGUUGGGAAAUUAAAUUCUUCAAUUGAUAUCAUCCCACUACAAGAGCUCAGUGAGGAUCAUAAAUCAAAAAAUAUGAAUAACAAGCAUAAAGUUGAUUCUUCUCACAAAUAUUUACGAGAUCAAUUAUUAAUUUCACGUGUACAAACGUACAUGCAUGAAAAUGAAAAUAAAGUCUAUAUUGAUGUUAAUGAAAUGGCAGAUGCUUUACAAAGAAAAUACCGUGAUUAUCGUAUUAAAAAAAGAGGUCCCUUUAGGGCACUAGUACGCAAAGCGUAUGAUGAACUUACAGAAAUGUUUGCAAAGAAGUAUUGUGCCCGGGAUUGGCCUGCUUAUGAUGAUGAUGAAGAAGAGGAGGAAGUUGAUGUUGAGUCAGAUCCUCAAAAUACUAUGUUGGAUGGCAUGCUAUUAAAAAUGUAUAAAAAGUCUCAAAAUAAACAAAAUGGAAAUUCUAGCGAUAAAGAACUUAUAGACAUUAGUAGCGAUGAUGAUGUGAACAAAGUAGAAGCAAAUUCUAAUAAAACAAAUGAACCUGACGUUACGGAAAAGAAUCUGCAACAAAAAGCUGGUCCAUCUUCGUGUACAAAAAAACCUGAACCAAUUAAGGAACAACAUGCAAAAGCACCCAUAAAAGAAACACAACAUGAUAAGGAUACAGGAAGAGGAUCAAGAACAACAACAGGAACAGCGACAACAGUUACAGAACUUUCUACUAGAAAACGACAACGUGAUAGAGAUAGUGAUAAUACUCACUUUACAUUCUCAAAGAAAGCUAAAGGAAUACCCAUAUCUGAACCAAAAGUCACAUUUACAGACAUAGGAGGAAAUGAUAAAGUUUUAAAUACUGUUUGUAAAUUACUUGCGCAUAUGAAACAUCCGGAAAUCUUUAAACAACUUGGGAUAUCACCACCAAGAGGAUUUUUACUUCACGGUCCACCUGGUUGUGGAAAAACUUUAUUAGCAUAUGCUAUUGCAGGAGAAUUAGGAAUACCUUUAUUGAAAGUAGCAGCACCUGAAUUAGUGGCUGGAGUAUCAGGGGAAAGUGAAGCAAGAAUUCGGGAGCUAUUUGAACAGGCACUUGCAAUUGCACCUUGUGUCAUUUUCUUAGAUGAAAUUGAUGCUGUAGCACCACAUAGGGCUACAGCUCAAAGAGAAAUGGAAAGAAGAAUCGUAGCGCAAUUACUAUCAUGUUUGGAUGAAUUGAGUUUGAAGGAGAAUGGUAUUAGAGUACUAGUACUUGGGGCAACAAAUCGACCUGAUUCGCUAGAUCCAGCAUUGAGAAGAGCUGGUCGUUUUGAUCAUGAAGUAUGUCUCGGAAUACCUGAUAGAGAAGCUAGAGCAAAAAUUUUAGCGGUACAUACAGAAAAAGUAGCACUUGCCCCUAAUGUUAGUUUAUCUACAAUUGCUUCACUUACACCAGGUUUCGUUGGUGCCGAUUUAGUUGCGUUAAUUAGAGAAGCAGCUAUGGCAGCUGUAGAUAGAAUACUUGAAGACUUAAAUAGGUCCGCGACAGAUAAUAAAUCAUCAGAAACAGCGGAAGUUAAUAACGAUACUGAUAAAGAAUCACAAAAUUUUGAGAAUUCUGGUAAUCUAGUUGAAGAAGCAACUAUUGAACCAUCUACCUCAGAUCAAACUGAUGUUCCUAAAUUAGACAAGACAAAUAAUUCAAAUAAUCUACAAACGACAGAGAUGGAUGUAAUACAAGAAAAUUCCAAAUCUCCUGAUUUAACAGGGUUACUUACUUGGUUACGUAAUGAUCCACCACUUCCUUCAGAACGACUUUCAAGUUUAUGUAUUGAACAUAGUGAUUUUGAAACUGCACUUCGUAUUAUACAGCCAUCGGCCAAGAGAGAAGGUUUCGCUACAGUACCAGAUGUUACGUGGGACGAUGUUGGUUCUUUAAGAGAUAUUAGAGAGGAAUUACAAAUGACUAUACUUGCCCCAGUUCGACAUUCUGAACAUUUUACAGCCUUAGGAUUAACAACACCUACUGGAGUAUUAUUAUGUGGUCCACCUGGUUGUGGAAAAACAUUGUUAGCUAAAGCUAUUGCAAAUGAAGCGGGUAUUAAUUUCAUUUCUGUUAAAGGACCAGAACUAUUAAAUAUGUAUGUCGGCGAAAGUGAAAAAGCAGUUCGACAGUGUUUUAUGAGAGCAAGAAAUUCUGCGCCAUGUGUUAUAUUUUUUGACGAAUUAGACGCGUUAUGUCCUAGGCGAUCAGAAGGCGAUAAUUCUGCAACUUCGCGGGUUGUGAAUCAAAUGCUUACUGAAAUGGAUGGAGUUGAAGGACGACAGGGGGUAUUUUUGAUGGCUGCAAGUAAUCGACCUGACAUUAUAGAUGCAGCAGUAUUAAGACCAGGAAGACUGGAUAAAAUUUUAUACGUUGAUUUGCCUACAUCGGCGGAUCGUGUUGAUAUUUUAAGAGCAUUAACAAAGAAUGCAACUAAACCAAAAUUGGCUGUAGACGUAAAUCUUGAAGAAAUAGGAUACAACAGUAAAUGUGAUGGUUAUACUGGAGCGGAUUUGGCAGCAUUAAUAAGAGAAGCUGGAAUAGAAGCAUUAAGAGACUUAAUGGAUAUGCAUUAUUCUGGACAACCAGAAAUUUCUAUGCGGCAUAUAUUGAGCGCUUUCGAUAAAAUUAGGCCAUCCGUUCAGGAAAAGGAUAUUAAACAUUACGAGAAAUUAAAGAAAUUGUAUUCGAUAAAAAAAAAAUUGGAUGAUACACCGAUGGAAACUCCAGUUGAUACACCUAUAGUGGAUGUUGUUAUGGAACCCAUGGAAACGUGAAAUAAAAAUAUUACAUAAGUAUGUAAAAAUCUUCCAAUUUAAAGUACACUUUCGAUCUGACAAACCCAACAUAAAAGUA